UGCUGCUGCUGAAGAUGAAGGCGUUGGUGCUGCUUCUCGUGCUCUCCUCUGUCCUCUGUGUCUCUGCUGACGUUCAGCACGAGAGCAACGCCAUCAGUGGCUGUUCCGAUACCGAUGGAGAGGAUGUGGUGAUACUGGAUGAUGAGGCAGUGUGGUACGCAGACUUCUACAGAAAGAUAGGAGUCGAUACUCUGCCUGACUUUGCAGAUCCUAUGCGCUCUCCAGUUCAGUAUGACGAAGCUGUGGCUAAUCGAGAGAUCUGCAGAUAUAGGCUGCAGAUCAUUCGUCAGGCCAUGAAGGACGUCCCCAAAGAACUCGAUCCUCCUUCCAACCUGAUCAUCUACACCGAACUAAACGAGGAGCUCAGAGUCAAAAACACUCUGAUCUGCUAUGUGACCGGUUUCUAUCCCGCUCCCGUCAACGUCUCCUGGACCAAGAACGGAGAGAGCGUGAUCGAAGGAACCAGCAUCAGCGUUGCCUUCCCCAACACAGACGGGACCUUCAGACAGACUGCCAGACUGGACUUCGUCCCACAGCCGGGAGACAGCUACACCUGUACAGUGGAACAUGUGGCCCUGACCCGACCAAUCAUGAAAUUCCAUGAUGUGGAGAUCCCUAAGCCCAGUAUUGGACCUGUGAUCUUUUGUGGAGCGGGUCUGACUGUCGGAGUCCUCGGUGCGGCAGCAGGAACCUACUUGCUCAUCAGAGGAAACAAGUGA